GGCUUUCAAGGAGCAUGCCACCAUCCUCUCCCUCCUCGGUCAAGCAGCCGCGCCGGCGAUGACGCAGGAACAACUCGUCUCCAUCGUCCAACAGACCAUGUCGGUCUGCGACCAGUGAGGGGCGCGCGAAGACACCUCUCUCCUUUUAUGCACAUUUUCUUGCCCCUGCGACUACAACUUUCCUUCAACAAAUUUCACGCGCCGGCACUUGGUUUCGAGCAAAUUCCCCCGACCGCAAGCGACCGGCCAGUUCCUUUUGUUUUGGUUCUUGCAUCUCUCAUCGUCCCUUUUGCACGCCGCCCCUUUUUUUCUAUCGCCGGUUUCAAGUCAUUUCAUCAUGAAGCAGCCACGACCACCUGCCGACGUUUCAGAUUGGGACAAGGCUUCCGCCGCCACCCCGCAGCCCGCCGUUGCGCUGGCCUCUGUUGCUACUACCGACGGCAAAGACACGACCGAGACGCCCGAAGCGUCGUCAGAGUUUUCCUCCUCCUCGUCGUCCACCGUUUCUUCCAUGUCCGUUGUUGAGGGAUCACCAGAAAGCUCAACGCCUUGGGGACAGGUUUCGCAAGCGCUGCAAGACAAAAUCAUCCAUCACCAGGAAAAGCGAUUGCUUGCCACGGCGCCGCCUGCGAGCGGAAAAAGCAGCAUGAUAGCUUUUCUAAUCCGUCGCCUUGAGGAAGCGCAAAAGCAAGUGUUCCUCCUGAAAAUGGCGGCUCCGAAGGAUGAGAAGGCGCAGCGAUCUGCUUUGCGGGGAGAAUUUCGAUGCGCGCUUUACACCGCUGGAGUCUCGGCGGAGGAUUUCCGCCACAUGUCCUACUCCACUCUGCUGGAGGGUGUGCUCAAGUCCCACGAUUACGUUUUUAUCGAUGACGCCCAACGAUGGUAA